CGCCCGCCCGGUUAGUGUUUGAGAUGCGCGUUAACGGCUCGUCGGACUCGUGCUCGGGGAACGCGCUGGUUGAUCUGUCGGAGCCCCGGGACUGGGAAGUAACGUGGGCUCCGGUAACGGGCGUCACGGUGUCUGGUGCGGGUCUCGCGCUGCUCGCGGCCGCGCUCCUCUACGCUUGUCACCGGAAGCUGCUCAUCUCUGCUCCGUGUGGAGGCCUGCGCAGGCGUGAGGAGGAAGAGGAGGAAGAGGAGAGCGACUGCGAGCGCCGGAGCUGCCGACCGCAUGAGCCGGAGUCGCAGUGGACGGUCAACAGAGACGUGGCUGCGUUUGCCCUGAAGGCCAGAGUGAUCUACCCCAUCAACCAGAGAUACAGGCCGCUGGCGGAUGGAGCCUCUAACCCCUCUCUGCACGAGCCGCCCAUGCGUCAGGACUCCGCCUCCUCGCUGGGUGAUGAUUGGCCGAGCCACGAGAGGGAUGAUGACAGCGGUCAGUUCGUCUCCUGCGGCCCCUCGUCUAAAGCACACGCCAGUCAUGUGUUCAGGAGAGUCCAGCAUUACCCACAAACCCCCUGCCACUCAUGGGUCAGCCUGGUGUGUGUGACGCUAGAGGAACUGCAGCGACACGCGUCACGCCUGCAGCGGGAGAAGCACACGAUGUUUCUGCAGAUUCUGCGCCUGUUGCUGGACGAGAGAGAACACGCUGACAUCAUCCAGGAGGCGGAGCUUCUGGCGAGAGGUGUGCCUGUGGAUGAGGGGGAGGAGUCAGUUGCUGUGCAGGAGGUGGAGCUUCUGGCGAGAGGUGUGUCUGUGGAGAAGAGGGCUCAGUCAGGUGCUGUGCAGGAGGCGGAGCUUCCGGCAAGAGGCGUGUCUGUGGAGGACAGGGCGGAGUCGGGCUCAGUCACAUGUUCUGUGGAGGAGGUGGAGAAGGCGGGACGGGAGCAGCUGGAGCGAUCACUGCAGACGGCUGUGAGGUUUGCACAGCAGUUGCAGCGGCUCUGGCAGAAUCUUCAGCGCAGGUUUUCCCGGGACGUCUCAGAGGAAGUGAUGCGUAUCAUCAUGGGAUGCCUACGGUCAAUGGAGGAGGUUCUGUCCGAGGUUCAGGCGUCAGUCCUGCAGAUGCUGAUUGACAGGAUGGAGUGCUGGGAGGAAGUGAGCGACUGCCUGAGAGGAAGGACCACCCUCCUGAACCUGGAGGCGGAGCUUAUGGUGAAAGCCACCGUCCAAUCAGUGGAGCAGCUGAGAUGUGAUGGACAGCUGGACACACAGAUCCUUAGUGACUUCCAGACUGCGGUUAAUGAAGCAGUGGAGCAGAGCGCUGAGGCGAUCCGACGACAGACGGAGACUCUCGCGCUCGAGCUCGUUCAGAAGAUCUGUGUGAGGAGGAGGAGGAUGAUGAAGACUCAGAGCUGCGAGUGGAGUCGCCUGUCACACACACACUCACACACAGACACACACACACACACAGACACACACUCAGACGCCCGCCGCAUGAUGAAGGCGUGUGUGGAUCUGCAGGCGAGACACUGGCGUCAGAGGAGAGAGUUUGAGCUGCAGCAAGACGGCAGAAUCACUGCGGCUCUGUGUGAACGCUGGACGAGCUUGUUCGGUCAGAGCCGUGGACGCUUGGCUGAUUUGUGCGCUGAGUUUGUCCUGAGCAGCAUCUCUACAGGCCCCACCCCCUGUGCAGGCUCCGCCCCCUCUGCAGGCCCCGCCCCCUCUGAAGACCUCUGCCAAUCAGUGCUGAAGAGCGUGAAGCUCACCGUGGCCAAUCGGAUGCAGCGAGAGGAAGGCCACGCCCACACACACCUGCGCAGGCUCCGGGAGCAGCUGCAGCGACGCAGACAGGUGUGGACGGAGGACGAGGCUUUGACUCGCGCACGUCUUCAUCACUUCGGAGAACAGCAGCACGCCGUCGUCAUGGCGAUAGUGUCCAGGCACGCAGAUAUGCAGAUGAGGAGUGCUCAUGUAGACGAGCAGCAGCUGCUGCUGAUCCUGGAGGUCCAGAGGAUUCUAGCGGCGCGAGCGUUACACCUGCGGCUGAUGGAGCUGAUGAAGCUGGCCGUCCAGUCACACACACAGGACUCCUCUGUCGCCGUGUCCUGUGCAGAGGCUGUGAUUGGCCAGAAUCUCCUGCACGAGCUGGAGGCGUCGGCUGAGAUGCUGCAGGGCCACGCCCACCUCCUGCUAGGCCACGCCCUCUCGCGGGCCGCACGCCUGCAGAGCGACACACAGCAGAAGGAGCGGCUGAUGGACGCGGUGUGUGAAAGUGUGUGUGUGACGCGGGAUUGUGUCGAGUCUCUGAUCCGGGAAUAUUACUGUGGGAUCCGGAGCAGGAGGAGGACACACACCAGAGCCAGCGAGGAUACAGACACACACACACGGUGGACGGAUUGCACUAGAGCUCUACAGACACAACUCCUCAACUGGGCCAGAAAACCCACAUCUACUGAACUACAUCACAGGGUUGUGGAGCUGAAGAGGACGUGUCUGACAGAGAUUCAGAAAGAUAGUCCAGAGCAAACACACACUCACAGACACCUCAGAGAUGAAGAAGAGGCGUUCAUGCGUAGACUGGCGUCUCUAGCACGAGUGUCUCUCAGGAACGAGGAGGAUUUUACAGGUCAUCGGUGUGGAGAGAGUUCCUGAAGGACUUCUGCUGGACCUGAGAUGAGCGUCAGAAGACCAGCAGGACGAUGCAGAACACACACACACACACACACACACAAUCAUAAAAUAUUAUAAUGGGUUUUUUUUCAUCGAUGUGUUACGAUCAGACACACUGGCCACAAACGCAAAGUCAGUUGUACUCGUUUGUCUGGAGAGGUUAUUAAACAAUUGAGCAAAUUACAAACAAAACAGAACAAAGCAUUGCAGGAAGAUCAACAGCAGGCGUGGUGUCCGUACACCAGUCUCUCCGUCCUCUCCUCUCGCUCAGCUUUUCUCUCUCGUUACCUGAUCACACGACUAAUGAAGAACACGCAGCCGAACAUCAGUGACGGGAACAGGAACGUAACGCUGUGUUCAUUAUGAAAGUCAACAGCGUGAGUAAGAUAGGAUAAUAUAUAAUAUAUUAUCAUAUAUGAAGAGUUCAGAUGCAAAAG